GAAAUCUACUGAUUUCAACUACAUUUUCCUCUCCAGCAACAUCUACUAUAGCAGCUUCCCCAGCUCUGUAGAGUAACCCUUGAUUAGCAAUACACUGUUUUGGCUUGAGGAGACUGCGGAAAGAGAAAGCCACUUCAGAUACUGCAUAAUUAUGUUCAUUUGUGGAAACAUCUCUCUGUUUCGAUUCCAGAAUGAGAUGAAUGUCUUCUGCAAAACACCAGUAAUUGUCUGGGCGAGAAAAUCUGGUGGCAUCAUCUGCUGUAUGCUGAAGGGCAUGAGCAGUUACAAGGCAAGCGAUCACCUGGUAACAUCCUUGGAAUUGGACAGAUGAUGUUAUUUGUUCAACACUGAUGACACACAAACAAAAUGUGCAUUUAAAUGGCAACAUCCAUUCCAUAUUGUUAUCCCAAAACCACUUUAAUUCAUUGAAUCUGGAUCCAUCCCAUAUUUCUCUUAGUUCAUCUGGAUUUGCUCCAGCUCCCUCAAUCCAGUUGGCUUUAUUUUCCCAAUGUGACAUCAUCUUCUUACACAUAGCAGGGUCAGCACACCAUCUCUCUAUUUUAUCAGACAGUCCAAGGUAAUAGUAUUUGAUACUACCAUUCUUACCACAGUGUCUGCAAGAAGCAGAAGGGGAUUCCAUGACAUCUCAUGAGGCAUAGUGACUAUCAUCCAGACAAAUGUACAGUUCCUUUGGAUCCUUAUAGCCACAAUCCUUCAACAGCUUCUCAGUUUGGCUCCAGUUUUUAGGCCAUAUCAAUUUUACUUCAUCAUUGCUCUUGCAGUAAAGAUCUCUAGCAAAGUCCAGAACAUCUUCAAAGUCAUUUUGAGACCCUUGCAUCUGAUCAACUAGCAUCAAUGCUUUUAAUAUUGCACAUAUGAUUUCUGUUUUUAUCCUUUCUUCAUCAUGAUCAAUAUCUUCAGUUCUAGAAGUUCCAGAGGUUCGUGAAGCUUGAGAGAAUUCAUCAUCAGUGCCUUCAACUUCAUCAACACUACAUUCUUCAUAAAUGCUUGACACUUCAUCAUUGCCUUGCAAAUCAUCUACAUUUUCUCCAGACUGUACUGUUGGCCUUGGACUGUCCACGCCACUGUAUGUGUACAAUGGCAAAAGGAAGAAAAUAAAUGAAAUUACAAUUCUUUUUUAUUUUGUUUUAUUUUUGUAUUCGAAUAGCAUGUAAUAUCUUGAAUUAAAAUGAACGGUGAUUUGGAACAAAACGAGGAUGCACAGUCAAAAACAUGCAACAACAAGCUAAACCAUAAUGCGAUGUCAGUAAAGUUAACUAAACCAAGAACCAAAAUCGUCAUUUCCAUCAUCCAUAUUUUCAAAUUCUUGUAAACUUUGCUGUAUCUUCCAGUGGUUGUACUCUGUUGAUCGGGAUACGGGUGCGCCAUCGCAUUCUCCACAAGGACAAUGAGUGUGCUCAUAAUCUAGAAGCGAACAUCGGCAGCUUGAUAUUUCCUCUCUAUCCCACAGUGAAAAACGUGUAAUUUUCCUUCUUGGCAUACUGAAUCAAUCAAGACUAGUCAAAUAUUUUAAUUUCGGUUUGUUUUGUUAACAAAAGAUACACCAUAUAAACGAAGGUGUAUUCACCAUGCGUUUCAGUUUUGUCCCAGUACUUUCGUGUAAACCGCAGGUAGCCAAAAAGCUAUAAUUUUUAUCUUAUUCUUAAUUUAUAAAAAGACCUCAUGCUUUGAGAUAUCUUAUUUCGAAUUCUUUAUUAAUAGUUGCAAUUUCCUAUAUUCCUUAUCAUUUUUAAUAUAUCAUUGUUUAUUAGAAAAUUUUCGGUCAAUAAGUUAUUUUCGCGCGUUUUUUGGUCACAUGAUUCGCGGCAUCCAAUGAUAGCAAUUCCUUGAUUUGUAGAUUUGUAGUGACUUCGCAGACUUCGCGCGCAUUUCUAUCUUCCCUGCAAGUAGAGUUAGUAGAUUGCUUGCAAGUAGAGAGUGCUGUUUGUUGAAUUCAUUCGUAAAGGACAUCUUCAUUAAAAGUACAGCUCAAUAUUGAUGACAUGGACGUCUACGAAAUGAAAGUGGAAGACGUAAAAGAUUUUAUCACCACGAAUUUCGAUAAUGAAUUGGCGGAGYGUUUCGAGAAUCAAAAUAUAGAUGGGAAAGCUCUUGUGAUGCUGGCACAAAAAGGAACGCAGCAACAGUUUGAGGCUUGUGGCCUCAUAACUGUGGGAAAACAGCUUCAGUUUAGAGCUUCUGUUGAAGAAAAAUUGUCAGGCAGUGCUGUAGUAAAGAUGGCAUCAGCUGAAUUUAGAGGUGGCAAACCUACCAAAACCAAGUUAAGAUCAUUAUCUGAAAUAGAACAGAAACUUUACAAAUUCAAGAAGAAAAUAGUGAGAUCUGCUGCAAUAAAGACUUUUCCAGGCAAUAAUCUCCCAAACUUUAAGUUAUCUAAAGAAGCCAAACAGAAACUGGAAGCACUAGCUAGCUCUUUAGUAGUUGAAUGUGGCUAUGAGCCAGCAGGCUUUGGCAGAGAAGGGAUCAAACAGCACAUUAUUGAUGUCUUAAAUGAAAGGAGGCGAAACCACAGGAAAGGACGGGACUAUAACCAGCCUGACAAAAGAACUCUUAAAAGAAAAGUUUCUUCUGAUGAUGAUGUUUCAAGUUUGAGAGGUGUAGAGUCCACUACUUCAACAAGCUCUGAUGGUUUGCUGAUAACACGUCCAGUAAAGCCUGCUAAAAGAACUUCAACACGAACUGAUGUUAGUGGCAGUAGUGAUGAUGAUUCCCCAACUGACUCCAAUCUGGCUUCAGCAUCCUCCACUCCUAAAAAUGUCAUAUAUACAGAUGAUGAGCUUCCACAACUACCUAAAUGGCCAUGCAAUUCAGAAGAUCCAGACUCACUGAAUGUCCAAAAUGAUCGUGAUUUGCGCAAAAAAGAAAUGGAAAAUGAUGAUGUUGCUCAAGAACAAAGCAGUGAGGCAAUGAUGGUGGAAAAUGUGGAUUCCAAUGAUGAAAUUAAAGGAAAAGAUGCAGCUGUGGUGGUGUGCGUGGCAUUCAACGCAAUUAAAGUAGGAGACGUAUCAAGGAGCCAGCUGUAUUCUGCUGCGAAACUGUUAGGUGUAGCAAAGAAUGCUAGAAAGGACAAGGAUAGUCUUGUUAGCCUAAUUGGAAACAAUCUUGUUAAGGAAGGAUAUGUUAAGAUUGAUGCGGGGGGGAAAAAUGUUAUUUCCCAAGAAAAUGUUAAAAUGGUUAAGCCAUUCUAAGAUUUUCCCCAAUAGAGGUCAAUCCCUAGAUCCCUAGACUCAGCCAAUUUAUGACUGCAUGAAAAACAUUUUUGUAGAGUUGCUUGCAUAUCAAAGAAUGACUAGUUAUGAUCAAAGACACAUAUAAGAAGUUUGUCGUAGAUUAAAUUUGUUGUUUUUAAUCGUUGCAAAUAAAAAAUCUACAUCUCC